ACCGCCCAAUCAGAAACCGACUCUGCUGCUGGUUCGUGACGACAUCAAAGCAUGCCGGACAGCGGAGGAUGUUGAGGAUCCUCUCCAGAGUCCUGGCUCCACUACGACCCCAGACAAACCUCAAAGCUCUGUCCUCUGCAGCCUCUCUGCCGCUCCCAGCUGCUCCUGGCUUUGCUGUGAAGCCCAUGAUGGAGCUCAAGCUGUACCGCCCCCCUCCAGAGGUGCGAGGGAUGACCUCUCUGGACAAAGAGGCCUUCACGCAGACCAUCACUGUGCCAGCUCUACGGGUGCCCACAGGGGUCUUGAACAAAGUGGUGAAGAGCCUGAGGAAGUCGGCCAUCCAGCGCCCAGGCGUGCCCAGAGUGGUACAAGACAAAGAUCAGAGCACUGACUUUCGUUUGGUCCUGUUGGACCCGCACAGAGUCACCUCAUCCGGCUCCUUCAGCGAAGCUGAAGCCGAGGCUCUGAAGUCUUUCGGCGUGUGUGAGGAGCUGCAGUACUACGAGCUGCGACUCACCUACCACAACCUGAAGAGCGAAGAAGUGCUGGAGGCGGUGCUCCCUCAGGGGCAGGAUGUGACCUCCGGGUUCAGCCGGGUGGGACACAUCGCACACAUGAACCUGAGAGACCACCAGCUCCCGUACAAGAACCUGAUCGGUGAAGUCAUCAUGGAUAAAAACCCCGGUGUUACCUGUGUGGUCAACAAGACGAACAUCAUCGACACCACUUACCGCAACUUCAAGAUGGAGGUGCUCGCCGGCGAGGAGAACAUGGUCGCCAAAGUGAAAGAAAACGGGGUGACGUAUGAGUUUGAUUUCUCUCGUGUAUACUGGAACCCUCGGCUGAGCACGGAGCACCAGCGUGUGGUCGACUUGGUCAAACGUGGGGACACUGUCUUCGAUGUGUUUGCUGGUGUCGGACCCUUCGCCAUCCCCGCUGCACGCUCAGGCGCCAACGUGUUGGCCAACGAUCUCAACCCUGAGUCCUACCGAUGGCUGCAGCACAACUGCAAACUCAACAAGGUGGAGAAGAGAGUCAGAAACUUUAACCUGGACGGCAGAGCGUUCAUCCAGGGACCCGUGAAGCAGGAGCUGCCCGCGCUGAUGAAGGGAAAAGCCGGCGUUCACGUGGUGAUGAACCUGCCGGCAUUGGCUCUGGAGUUCCUGGAUGCAUUCAGAGGCCUGCUGCUGCACGAGGAGCCUUCCUCUGAUGAAAACCUACCCACAGUGCAUUGCUACGGUUUCACUAAAGAUGACAACCCUGAUACGGACGUGGUGAAGAGGGCUUCCCAAAGCCUCGGCGUCCCUCUGGAGAACCGAUGUUCUGUGCAUUUUGUGCGUAAUGUAGCACCCAACAAAGAUAUGAUGUGUGUGAGCUUCACUGUCCCUAAAGAAGUCCUCUUCAGCAGCGAACAGACAGAGUCUUCAGCAGAACCAGCUGCAAAGAGACAGAAGUGUGAAGAAGCUUCAGAUUCAACAUAAUCAUC